AUGGAGAAAUUUACAAAUCCCGAGAAUUGUUCAUGGACUAUUCAUAAUUGCUUUAAUCUAACUACCUGUGGAUCUAAAAAACCCACACAAUGUCCAAACCUGCAUCCUAUUCCUCCUGGUGGUAUAAUCAAAGGAAACAUCAACAAAACUUUGCUGCACGAUGUUAAUCUUGUGAUAACUCAUGUGACGUAUAAUAUUUCUAAUAUCCUGUCUGCGUAUGUGAAACAUUGUGGUAAUGAUGAUAAAACAUAUGAAUGGUUACAGUCACGCAUCGAUGAUUUAGUCUCUGAUUAUAGAAACAGAAUUGCAGUUCAAAUUCCAUCUGCACGCACAAAACGAGACCUGUUUGGAAAUAUUGCAGGCCUGUUUGGUUCAGUUAAUUCUAUAUCUAACACUUAUAAAAUAACCGGUCAAUCUCAAUUCUCAGUGUGGUUGGCAAACCAGGUGGCCACUGGUUUUCAACAUAUCACCAAUAGUAAUGAAAAUAUUAUCAAAUCGGUCAGAUCUGAAGCGCAGGCGCUUCUCACGAUCAGCCAUACAAUUUUCAAUCAGACCCGUACCAUCGAGCGUGACUUAGCCUGCAGAACUUAUGCACAAGACCUUUUUACCGCUGCAAGACAAGAGAUUUUAGAUUUACGUCUUCGCAAGAUUCCUAGGCAUAUUUUGAAAGAUCUUAUUGAAAUUUUAGAUUUGCAUAGAUGGCUUACAUCAGAAAAAAUGAAAGACAUUAAUUAUUCAGAACUGUUGUCAACAGUAAUGGUGUACACAGGCAAAGAAUGUUCUGACUGUAUUGGGUUUUUCGCCACAUUCCCUUUAAUUCACCCAGAUCAGGUAUAUCUAAAUUCUACUACAAUACGCUCCAUUGGCAUAGUAGUAAAAGAUCAGAUCAUAAAAUGGGAUCAACUGACUGGGUACAUGACUUUGAGAGGAACUGAGAUCUUAUUUUCAACUCGCACUUGUUGUCAUGAAACAUCCAGCUAUAUCAUUUGUACUUGUAAUACCUUACAACCCUUUGCUGUUAAUAGUUCUAAACUGAUUAAUGUACAAUCAUUGCAUGGUCAUUCUGAUGCUGUUCAGGUUUCUCAUACACAGUGGUGUGUCAUCAGUGAAAUGAACUCGUUCACAUAUGGAGGUCUGACCUGUCUUGCAAAUCACACCUUCUGCUUGGAGGUGACAGAGGACUUCUCAAUGGGUCAGAUAAACAUCUUGGGAAGGGUACCAAUGGACAUUGAUGUCUCCCCGUGGUGGGAGGACACUUUCUACGAACAAGGUACACAAACCUUGGUUGACACAAUGGACUUGGUGCAAAAUAUGAUUUUGCAGUCUGAAUAUCAUCUCAAUCAAGCACAGGUGGAGGCAAACCUGGCUAAGAAAACUGCAAGCAUCCUAUCCAGCUCAUCCACCCGCUCAGCCCAGUAUGUCUACACUUGGUGGGAUUGGGUGAUUAGAGGGUGUGCCAUUAGCAGUACUCUCAUCUUUGUAUUCACUCUGCUCCAGUGCUGUUACUUCCAGCACCUUAUCCAUUCCCUACGCAGUUCAGUUUAUGCUGCCAUAACCCUUAGUCCUCUGCAGAUACCAGCUUUGCGCAAAUUGUAACUUUGAUGAAAACCAUCCUAAAAUGAUGGACCCUCAGGGACUGCUCUGAGAUUGCCCCAAGGGACCAGGGAACGAAACUGUAAGGAUGGUUAUAUUUCUCCAUAAUAUCAAAUGCUGAAAAUUGCUGUGAAAUUCUCUAAAGAUCAGACCACGAGAACUAACAUGCUGUAAAACAAUAAACUUUAUAAU